CUAAUUUUAUAAGUAUAUUUUAAAAAUAUUAUCGUAAUUUUGACUUAUUUUUGUAGUCAAGUUAUCGUAAUUUUGACUUAUUUUUAUAGUUAAGUUAUUUUGGUCAAUGACAAUUAAUUUGUCAUCAAUAUUUAGUAAAUCUUUUAACAAAAAGUGUCAGUGAGUUUUUGUCUUGUAAAUCUACUAUCUUAACAGAAAAGAUUUUUAUGAAAGAAAGGAAAAAAAAUACUUAUAAAUCUUAAAAACGAAUCUAUCUAUCUCUCUAUAUUUAUCUAUAAGUACGAAAGGCAUUGUACUAACCCAAAACAACAUAAUCUGAUAGCUACUCCACUAUACCUCAUGCCAAACCAAAGUGCAACCCAACCUAAGCUAAUUCCAACCGCCCAAAUUCGAGAUACCAUUUCAAAACAAACACAUUAAUUCAUAGGAUUAAAUUGUGAUUAAUAAGUUAUACUGAUCCAGUAAGUACGUUACUGAACAGAGAAACUCUGUUUUUUACUUUUCACCCAUCGUUCAAUUUCGUCUCAAAUGUUAUCUUUCAAACUUUCUCAUUACGCUAUAUAUUCUUCUUAUACCAACUCCCCACCAAAAACACUUCUGUUUCAUGAUUCGUCACCUCACAUAUAUUUCAUUUUCUGUUAGUUUCAUUUCAUCACAUUUUUCGUGAUCAAUAUUUUACCUUUCCAGAAAACAAAAAUCUAAUACCCUCAACCCCAAGGUUUUGUGAAUAAACAAAAUCAAACAAACAUAACAAACAGCGUUGAAGAUGAUAAAGAGUCCUACAAAAUCAAUGUAUCCAUUUACUAAACGGUUUUCUGAUAUUAAUUGGCGUAUCCUUGUGUUGAUAAUUCCUCUUUUUUCUUUUAUCAUAUUCUUCUUUUUCCAUGCACCAACUUUAAACGCUCUUUCAUCCUUUUCUUCUGUUCAGAAUCUUCUUUCCAACCUUCCUUUUAUCAACACUGCUAAUUCUUCACCUUCAAAAGAUGAAUUGUUACGAUCCAAAAUUGCUGUAUGUUUGGUUGGUGGUGCUAGAAGAUUUGAAUUAACUGGUCCUUCGAUAUUGGAGAUGAUAUUAAAAGAGUAUCCUAAUUCUGAUCUUUUUCUGCAUAGUCCUUUAGACUCAGAUGCGUUCAAAUUCUCAUUGUUGAAGCUUGCACCAAAAGUUGCCGCCGUUAACAUAUUUCACCCUCAACCGUUGCAGGAGAAUGAGUCUUCCGUUCGUGUUCUCACGGCGCAGAACUCGCCUAACGGAAUUCAGGGACUAAUUCAAUAUUUUGACCUCGUUGAAGGAUGCUUAACAAUGAUAAAUUCACAUCAAGAGAAAAACAAAAUCAAAUAUGAUUGGAUAAUUCGCACACGAGUAGAUGGCUACUGGAACGGUCCACUCGGUCCAAAUUUUUUUGUUCCGGGUCAAUAUUUGGUCCCAGCCGGCUCAUCAUACGGUGGACUCAACGACCGGUUCGGUGUUGGUGACUUUAGAACCUCAACAAUAGCAUUAUCUCGUCUCUCUCUAAUUCCCAAACUAGAUUCUGCUGGAUUCACGGAUCUCAAUUCAGAAGCUGCGUUCAAAGCCCAACUCACAACUCAGAAUGUGAAUUACCUCACAAAACGGCUCCCUUUUUGCAUUGUUUCGGAUCGGAAAUAUGAUUUUCCUCCGGCCCGGUUCGGUGUACCGGUUGCGGCAUUAUCGAGUCCUGGUCCAUUAAGUGGAACUAAAUGUAGACCAUGCAAACCGAUUUGCGUGGGUGUGUGUGUGGAGCCUGUGAUGAUGUUUGUUGAGAAAGGGUGGAGUUGGACCGAUUGGGCCGAUGGUUCACUUGAGCUAUGCGAUGCUCAUGAAAGUUGGGAAGAUGGUUGGGAGAAGAUUUUUGAUAAAGUUGCUGGAAAGAAAUUUGCUAAUGCUAGGAAGCAAAUUCACUCUUUGAAAUUUGAUGAUUGUGUUAAUGAUUUCGUUCAGUUGAAAAAUAUUACUGCUCAGUGGAAUGCCCCUCCCAUUCAAGAAAUUUGUAAACCUCUUCUUGAACAAAAUUGAUUUUCAAAUUUUUAUUUCACAGGUAGCGCCACAUACAAAUUUAGUACACUACACAAAAUUGGUGAACAUAGAGGAAAGACACAGUUUUCUUGUUAUUUGGAUUAUUAUUAUUUUGUGAUUUUGAUAUACAAGUAGGCAUGGUAUAAGAGGACGUGAGAUAAUGUUGAUAUUGAAUUUGUUUUUUUAUUUUAUUUUAACGAUGUUAUUCAUGCGUUUGGUUCCAACCAU